AUGAGUCGACCUGGUGCGUGGGGCCGAGUCGCCUCCAAUCUGUGGAAAUACUUGAAAGGCGAUUUUUCGAAAAAAGUAAUUUGUUUCCGAUUGUUUGAAGCGAAAUUGACAUUUUUAAAGAAUUACGUGGCGGAGGACGCGUCUGGAAACCGAUAUUAUGAACUUUCGAACAGUCGGCAGAAUGUUUCCAGGUGAGAGGAAAACAUUUCGUAAAGUAAAAUAAAGCGAAACAGUUGGAUUGAUUUUGUAAUUGUUUUGCUUUGAAAGUGUAGCGAACAUUCAAUCAAUUCCGAAAUUCCAGAGGAUUCGAUCCACCGAAAAGUGGCGUCUCCCCGACGGAACCGGAUCAGGAAUGGCAGGCAUGGUUGAGAGGAACUCGCAGGUGAAUUACUCGAACUCAGGGUGGUCUUUUGGGUCACUUGCAAUUAUCCUUGGACUUGGUUUGAAGUAUUUUGGGACCAAGUUUCAUCCGGUCCCGAGAUUUGUGGAUCAGAAAAGAAAACUCGGACCAGAGAUACUUUAAUCCAAGCCCAAGAAUCUUGAAAAGUUUGAACCCUAUCGAAUCGCAAGUGUGGCCCAAAAGUCUUGAAAUGAAAAGAGAUCGGCGGAAAGCGUGUUCUCAGAACCGUCGAUGUGACCUAUUGGAAUCUGUACUUUGACAGAUUCCCGCCGUCCGACCGAGAAAUCGCCAUCAACCGACAGCGGCAGCAGGUACGGGGUCUCAAGAAUUCCUCAAAAAUCUCUCAAAUUUUGCAAUUUUCUCUGGUCUCCGUGCCAAAAGUUCACCUUGCGUCCCAUCAGUCUAAUCUUUGUGUUGUAACAGUCGAAACGGCACGUAACCUCUCCAAUGAAUGAUCACUUUUUCCCUCUUUCUCUCUUUCUCUUUCUCUCUCUGUCUCUCUCUGUCUCUCGUUUGCUUCUUAUCUCUCUCGUUUCUGUUUCAAUGUUUUCAUAGUUUCCGUCGAAAAACGAUCAUUUUUACUGUUUUUGUUGAAUGUUUAGGGUGAAAUUGAUAAGAAGCGGCGGAAAUCGUCAGAGAUCAGGCGGUGAUCAUUGAAAUUUGACAAUUUGUUCACUUUUUCAUUGGAAAAUUUUGAUUUUUCAGGACGCCUUUGAAGGUCGGGUGCAGGCGAAGGCGAACUAUCGCCUUUCACAAGAAGUCGAAGGCAGUCGUCGGCCAGAAAGUGAAGGCGGAAGGCGUGAUAACGCCUGAGGUAAAAAGGCACAGAUUGUCUUUUGUGUGGACAAGAAGGUGUCUUGAGACCUCAUUCAUUCUGUGACCGUACUAUUUCCAAAUAUCACAUUGUCAAAAUUCAAAAAAUGAAAAGGAAGAGGCAUUGUCAACUCAGUGAUAAUGUUUGAGAUGAUUAUUAUAGCAUGUAUGCUCAGUAUUCGAGAUUCUUUUCUUUUGUCGCACCAGUACUUGACAUGCGAUUAAGUGUUAGUCUCCGUAGUCAUCCUUAUUGCAAAAAAUGUUUUGCUAGAAUGAGACAACAGGCCGCCGGACACCUUAUUGUCCACACAGAAGGCGAUUUGUGCCUUUUUACCUCAGGCGUUAUGACCCCUUCCGCCUUCACUUUCAGGCCGACGGCCGCCUGCGCGCCCCUGACAUUCAAAGGCGUCAGGCGCGUUGUUUCGCCUAUUCUGCCAGCCAUUUUUUUCCACAUUUUUUUUAGGCUCAAUUGGCUCAAGACACGGCCACUGAAAAGCGUGCUCCGCACGUGCAAUCCGAAGGAAAAGGCGCCGGGGACCACCAUCCCCAAAAGUACGUUUUUCUUUCAAAAUGUUCAAUUUUUCAAGUUCUUUUUUUUUCAGAUUCCCCAAGUACAAGGACUUGGAGACAUCUCCCGGUGCUCAGGAGACCAAAAAUUGA